GCUCGGUUUCGAGCUUCCUCAACUCGGCGUUCUCCUCCUCGGAGCCUCCAAAGUGGUAGUCCGCCAUGAUGGCAGGGAUUCUGGGUAUGCGCACAGGAAACGAAGCGUAUCGAUUGAGAUAAUGAGCCUAGUGACAAUAAAUAAGAGUAGCGCCGGCGAUAAAAAUGGGAGGUGUAAAGGGAUGAUAAGGCUGAAACCAGCAACGGAGAACUGGUGCUGAAGGAAAUUACGAGAUGGGAAGUCUCGCCGCCUUAGGCCACAAGGCCCCAAAUCUGCCCAUCGGGGUUUAGUGCAUUGCGGCCAGCGGCUUCAACUUUUAUCGGUUGCCCAUCAUCCAAAACAUCGUGAUCAUUUCCGGCCUCAAUUGAUCAACCCCCCUUGACGACCGUGAUGUCCUCCAUCACGCAGAACGUGGGCGCUCUGCCUAACCGCCUACGCAACUUCUUCGCUCGUUACCCUCCCCAGAUAUACUCCUCCCUGGUCGCACCGCGUCCGACUCCCCCGGAGAGCGAAGCCUCCGCCGACCAGACCCUUCCCUCGCCCUACACCCCCGAUCGUGAUGCAAAGGGUGCUCACCGACAAGACCCUGAGGCCUUCUCGCCCUCCCGUGCGCUCUUGUACAACGACCCUAAGAACCAAAACCCAUUCUUGCCGCGGAAGAUCUUCAACUCAAAGAAGUGGAUUGGUCCCCGAUACGGGCUGCGACAACAGGCGGAUCUAGUCAAGUUGGCUGUGAAGUACAACGUCGAGCCACUCUUGCCUCCUGGACCCAAGUCCACCGAAUACAAGGCUGCCAAACUGGCGGAGCGUGGUCUCCGGAUCAAGGGUACUGGUAUCGGCCAGAAGGUCAAGGGUCACAAGUGGGAGCGCACAAUGGAGGCGAGACUCGAGGAUCGUCGCAAGGCGAUGGUGGAAAUGCCGGAGAUGAUCCGGUUGUGGAAGCAGAGAGGUCAUGGUCGUGGCUGGAGACAGUGGCCGAAGCGGUAAAUGGGACGCUCCAUGUGAAAAUAUUGCUUUAAUUCUUUCGAUCAUUUCUCACUGGUCCACUCUUGCCAUAUCUGUCCGCGCCAUCGCUCGAUCAAAUCCAUCACGUGUGGAAUCCCCUCGGCAGAAGCAUUUGUAUGAAUCAUUGCAGGGGUUUGGGACGGGAGUUUGUCUUUGAUUUGCGCUAUUUCUUUUCAAUUACUUGUACAAUAUACAGCGUGGGCAUUUCGCCCGAUGAUACUCGGGGGGCUAAGCUGAAGCCAUCUCGCUACUAUGUGCAUAUAGGUCACCAGGAAUCAACAUUGAGGUUUAUUUCAUCCCACC